GGCUUUCUCGGGCAAGUCUGGCGUGUGGUGCCACGUGCGCAGGAGCCAAAGCAGACCGCACGCAGCUUUGAGGACAUGGAGAUGGCCGCCGCCGCCCCCUCCCCCGCGAUCGGCGCCGACAACGACUCGGUCUGCGACGGCCUGUACGCCCACCGGCGUUACGCCCGGGUCCUCAUGCCGCUGGUCUACUCCGGCGUCUUCCUGGUGGGCCUGCUGGGCAACGUGCUGGCGCUGCACGUCAUCCGUGCCAACCUGAAAAAGAUGAACUCCACCACCUUGUACUCGCUCAACCUGGUGAUUUCCGACAUCCUCUUCACCCUCUCGCUCCCGUUGAGGAUAAGCUACUACGCGAUGGGCUUCCACUGGCCGCUGGGCGAGGCCGCCUGCAAAAUCUCGGGCCUGGUGUUCUACGUCAACACCUACGCCGGCGUCAACUUCAUGACCUGCCUGAGCGUGGACCGCUUCGUCGCCGUCGUGCUGCCCCUGCGCUUCUCGCGACUGCGCAACGUUAGCAACGUGCGCUACAUCUGCGUCGGCGUGUGGCUGCUGGUCCUGGGCCAGACGCUCCCGCUGCUCGGCAUGCCGAUGACCAACGCCGAGCCGGACGGCUUCGUCACCUGCAUGGAGUACCCCAACUUCGACAGGGUGGACCACAUCGCCGCCGCCCUCAUCGGCGCCGUCUUCCUGGGUUACGUCGUCCCCGUCGUCACCAUCCUGGUGUGCUACUCCACCCUGUGCUCCAAACUGCGCUCCACGGCCAAGACCAACCACCUGACCGAAAAGUCGGGGCGCAGCCGCAAGGCCAUCGGCGUCAUCUGCUGCGUGUCCCUCGUCUUCGUGCUCUGCUACAGCCCGUACCACGUCAACAUCCUGCAGUACAUGGUCCGCAAGCUGGCGUCCCGGCCCGACUGCGCCGAGCUGGCCGCCUUCCAGGUGUCGCUGCACGUCAGCGUGUGUCUGAUGAACCUCAACGCCUGCUUGGACCCUUUCGUCUACUUCUUCGCCUGCAAGGGCUACAAGAGGAAGCUGCUGAAGCUGCUGAGGCUGGAGGUCAGCGCGUCCGUCUCCAGCGUCGGCAGAACUUCGCCCGAAGGCUCCUCCAAGGAAAUUAUCGACGGCAACAAAAUCCAACUCGCCUGCGCCGCCUUGGCCUCGACCAACGAGAGGCCGACGACGCGGCGGUCGCUGCUGCAGUGUCGACAAGGAGAAUGUUGAACUUUCGCUAGUCCGCCGGGACUGCUCCGCAAAAUAUCGGGGUAGAACUUUUGAGCGCGCUGAUUCGAGAAGGAAGCCUUACAACUUUCAUGGCUCAUCUUCCAGAAGCAUUCAAGACCAACUUCAGGCUUGGAACUUGGACUUUUAUGCUCACUUCUGCGCCUGAGCUGACUAACAUUUUCGUGUUUAUGUUGAGCUGCUUCCAAAAAGUCGCCGAGAACAAAAAUCCCGGUGGUGAUUUGUUCACGUAAAACGGACGCGUUGUUAAAAAAAAAAAAAAAAAAAAAUCACCAGUGGUGCUUUUAAAAAGGUUUUCGAAAGAACGGGCUGUCAAGCACAAGAAAAUGUGAAACAGUUUUAGCCGUAAACUGUGGUCAAGUCCAAUGCCGUCGGUUGCUGAAUACAUAAGUUUUGUAUUCAUAAGCAAAUGCGGUAUGAAAUUCACAGCAACCACAACUUUGAGAAUCGUAUGGAUCACGUGGACUGACAGCAAAAUUCCACAAUUAAGAUGGAAAAUAUUCUCAUGGCUCGAAGACACGUUUAACCUGUUCCACAUCAUAAUUCAUCGACCGCGUAAUAAAACAAUGAAGUUAUGGAUUAUUCUGACAAUCCCAAACGUUAUGUUGGCAUUCGUCUUUGUAAAAAAAAAACAUUUUCGACUGUUCCGGUCGCGCACGAGCGUUGUGAUUCCGAAAGUGGAUGCGGUUAUGAUGUCACUUCCCUUCAGGUGUUGCCACAAAAUAUUUUUCUGAACUUUAAAGAGAAAUUUGCGCACUUCAACUUAAGACAUCUCUCCACUGUUCUCAAAAAAAAAAAAAAAAAACAUCUCAGACUAGGAGCAAUAAAUACUUUUUGAGUGAACUAGAAAUCAAAUGAAAGCACUCUUCCGAUAAAGCUCACAGAGGUUUGCUUUACAAACGGUACCAAUUUCAAACCUAAAAAAAUAUCAACUCUGUGUCACGAGCACGCGGCAAGGGAUGGGACCCAAAUGCAGGGUUCCGAGGCAAGGACGACAUUUACGAGAGGAGUUUUGUCCUGUCAGAGGUCUUACACGGGGAGCAGAAGUACAAAAAACACGUGACAAAAGGCAAGGUCCAAAAAUCCAGAAACGAGGUUCGCCAACUACGAGGCUAAACUUGAAACAUGAACAACAACAAGACUUGGACUAUAAUGGCACAGAAACGCCGUAACGAAGGAGACGCACGAUAAGACGCUUGCGUACUUACACACGACCAUGCAGUGUCCAGCACGCACAACGACCCGGUGCACGAAAGUGACGAAUUCGAGGCUAAUUAGUCUCAAUCAGUGACGCGGAAUAAAAACCAGACACUCACCAUCCAACAUUGGUUCUAGCAUGGUCAACAGACUAACUUCCGGUCAGGGCAAAAAAAAAAAAAAAGCAGGGAAAACAAUACACACUUUAUGAAAAACGAUGGGAUAAAUUUAAAUACUUGGGAUGUUUUGGAUCCCAGAGACAUGAAUAUAAUGUAAACAUGUGCAGCAUGGCCAGGAAGGUUUAAAAGAUAUAUUGACACAUAUGCAAUAGGAGAUACAGACCUUCAUAAUACAGUCAUGAUGUAUUUUCCACAUUCAUAAUUAUAAUAAUUAAUUACGAAGGUUAAACCGA